UAAAAUAUCAUAUUACAUAUAGUAGUCAUCUACAUAAUCAUUUGAUGUAACGUUUGUUGGUUGAGUCACUAACGCGCUGGAUUUGGUUUUAUAACACUGUCACAAUGUUGAAUUGGCAAGGAUUUAUUAUCUACGCUUCUCUUUUUGUAUCUCAAGUGAUCCACGCAGCAGACAUCGAUUACUUGAGAUCAACAAUUACCAAACACUUCUCAGACAACCGAAACCACGUGAUUAACAAUACAAACAAAAUUGCUUCCAAGGAAUUUAUAUACAACGAGUUUAAACGAUUCGGACUUGAAACCUACUAUCAUAACUUCAGUUACACCAGCUUUUCUUCGGAACCAUUUGCAAAUGUCAUUGGCAUUCUAAAGGGUACAAACUUUGGAAAAGCAAGUGAUAAAAUUAUCGGACUUGGUGCUCACUAUGACACUGUGCAACAGACGAAAGGGGUUGAUGAUAAUGGCGCCGGUGUAGCCGCCAUGUUGGAAGUUGCUAAGCAACAAACAGGCCAAAGCAAACAAGGAGUGAAGCGCAAAAACACAAUUAUAUUUGUGUCUUUUGACUUAGAGGAACAAGGUUUAAUAGGUAGCAGUCAUUUUAUAACUGAAUGGCUGGAUCCAUGGCUAUCCGAACAUUAUAAUGAAGCGGCCAAAUCCAUACAGCCUCAUGGAAUAAUUAUUUUGGACACGGUAAUGGAAUAUAAUACAUCCGGUAAUUCUCAGAAAUUACCUCCUGGAGCUGAGGCUGCUUUUCAUCAACUAUUUCCAAAGGCGUUCGAAAGUAUGAGUUCGGACAACUUCCAAGGAGAUUUUCUGACUUUGAUAUAUCGCAGAACCGCGGAUGACUCACUGGCAACUUCAAUGACAAAGUCCUGGGCAGCUGAGAAGCGCCCUCAGUUUGAAAUAGAAUCGUUUCCUUUACCAUUUGUAGAUGUAAGUUCCCUGAAUCAGACCUUGAUGAGUUUGUUUGGAAAUUUCCUCCGUAGUGACCACAGAAACUUCUGGCUUGACAAUAUACCAGCGAUAUUUUUGACAGAUUCAGCAAAUUUCCGUGGAGAUAUGGUGGAAUGCUACCACAAUCCUUGUGAUGAUCUAGCUACGAUGCUUACUGAGGACAACAUUAACUUCCUUGGGAAGACAUCAGAUGCCAUUGCAAGAUCAAUCAAUGAAUUGUCAGAGCCAACCAAACCCGAUACAAGUGGAUGUACCGGAGCAUUUCUAAGCCGUGUGACUUUUGUUUUUGAUGGUGUUGGCCUUUUUUGUUUUAUAAUAUGAUCAUACAUAAUUAAAAAGUAAUUUAAGUGAUGAGUAUAGCGUUCGUUGCAAACGCUGUUACUGAUGAAUGUUUGUUUAAUUAGCAUAAUCAAUGGUAAAAAAUAUGACGCUUUGCUUUUAAGUUACCUGUGUAUUAUGUAUGGUAGAUUCGUUUAUUAAAUUUACAUUUCUUUCUCAAUCCUUUGCCACACUAUACACAUUUAAACAUUUUACAUUAGUCGAAAGAGAAGAGCAUAUGAUUUGUCAUUGUGUUAAUGACAAUUUUUUCUAUUCUUUCAUGAAAGUUUUAUACAUUUAAACACUCGUCACAUAUUUUAUAAUGUAACACGAAAGAGUGUGUACACGAUAUGUUUAUGGCAUUUUUCAAUACAAGUAAUUCAUGAAAGCUUUGUUACAUUUAAACAUUUGUCACAUAUUUUUGAUGUAACACAACAGAGUACAAGAGUAUUGUUUUGCUAAUGUCAAUUUGUCAAUAAUAAUAUUCGUGAAAGCUUUACACAUUUACACAUUCGUCUGAAAUCGUAUGAUGCACGUUAAUUAUUUUUGUGUUUAUGUUAUUUUUCAAUCUUUUUUUAAGCCUUUGUGUCUUGUAUCAUCUGCUCUUUAUACUUUUCUUAAUAUGUUUCAUAUAAAUGAACACGACAA